AUGAGCCAGCCAAAUGGAACAGAGAACUUGACUCUUCCCAUCCUCUACAGGGACAAGACGGACCCCAACACAUUUUACGAGGCAGCAUGGGGCCGCGUCUUCAACGAACGACGGGACACGAGCCGGAAGCCUCUCGCCGUCGUGUUUGCCUCAAGACCCGAGCAUGUAACAGCAGCCAUCGAGCUUGCCAAAACGCAAGGCUGCCGAGUUUCCGUCCGAAGCGGCGGGCAUAGCUGGGCUGCGUGGAGCGUUCGGGACGAAGCUAUCCUCAUCGACCUUGGGCAGAUGAACGAGAUCUACUACGAUGAAGAGAGUCAAAUUGUGUCAUGUUCCCCGAGUACUACAGGUCGUGUGAUCAACAAGUUCCUCAACGCCAAGGGAAGGGUGUUUCCCGGUGGUCAUUGCCCGGAUGUUGGCUUGGGCGGGUUCCUUUUGCAAGGAGGGAUGGGCUGGAAUUGCAAGAACUGGGGUUGGGCGUGUGAGCACAUCGUCAGCAUUGAUGUUGUUUCCGCUGAUGGACAAGAGCUUCGCUGCAGCGAAAACGAGGAUUCGGAUCUUUUCUGGGCCGCAAGGGGCUCUGGUCCCGCGGACUCGAGCAUGGAGAUUGUGUGCGUCUCUAGGUGCUCGCCAAUCACCGGCGAAAUCGAAAUCAUAGCAGGGUUUACCGCCUUCGCAGCGAAUAUGUCGGAGGCAGAGGCGGCACUAAAACCCAUUCACGAGAGCCGGCCAAGCGGCGCCCUCGCAGAAUUAUUCUGCCUGGAAAACAACCUCGCGUGGCAGUAUGACCACCAAAGCGCGGCCAAUCCACCCAAUCACCGGUACUGCAGCGAGAACGCGUACCUGCGAAACGAGGCCGACGUGGCCUCUGUGCUGGAGGUCGCAUUCACGACAUUGCCGAGCAAAAAGGCGUUCUCACUCUACUUUGCUAUGAACCCGACUUCAAGGCGCGCGUUGCCGGAUAUGGCACUUAGUAUGCAGUCUGAUCAUUACUUUGCACUCUAUACUGUCUGGGAAGACGCGGCAGAUGACGAGCGCUGCACGCGUUGGGUCCACGAUAUUAUGCGCGAUGUUGAGCGGCAUAGCGUUGGUAGCUACCUAGGGGAUGCGGACUUCCAGCAGAGGAGGACUAAAUUCUGGAGCGAGGAGAAUGGAGAGAGGUUGGGGGAGAUUCAGGACGACUAUGGGCCAACCUUGGACCAGAUGAUAUCAUCCUCCUCAGAGCUUGAUUUUAUCGAUAAACUCAUAACAAUCCUCAAAGAUGCCUCGACUACCUUGAGAGUGCCAUUAUUGAUCCAGGAGCUAGAUGAAUAUGCCGAAUCUAGGGAGUCUGAGAUUGAGGCCAUCUCAUUACCAGAACAGCAGGGGCUGCUAGAUUCCGUGGAGCAACUCCAGAAAAUACAGGAGGAAAUUGCCACACUUUCUCGCGACAUCUUGGAGAUAAGCCAAUCGAUCCAAUCCAGUACAGAGAAGGCGGCAGAGAAAAUGCAAAGGCUGGUCGACGUCAGUGGAGUUCGACGCAACACCCGGGAUGCGUCCAACGCCCUCCGAGGAUCUCUCGAGAUUCUCUACGCCGCGAAUUACGCGUACGAUCUUAUCCACAGCAAGAAGAAGUACCUCGCCGCACUAAAAUCACUCGAGGACCUCCAGAAAGAGCACCUAAUCCCCUCAAUCCAAAGCAAAUAUGGCCCCCACCAGCAGCUAGCCUCUGCUGUUCAGAAAUCUAUCGCUACUUGCCAAAGGGCCAUAUCAGAAGCUACUAUGGCCGACUUGAAUACGUGGCUAUUUCGUAUCAGAGAGACCUCCCAAUUCUUAGGGGAGGUCGCCUUCCGCCAAACGGAGCUUCGCAGAAUUCGGCAACGGAAGCGCAGUGAGGAGAACCAGCUCAUGACCAACUUCAAGCUAAACUCGGCGAUAGAGUUGGUAUUGGAUGAGACUGAACAGUUUGAUAUCCUGGACAAUGAGGAACUCCACAUCGACUUCACCCCUCUCUUUGAAUGCAUGCAUGUCCACGAAACCCUUGGCCAAAGCGACAAGUUCCGGAUAGAAUACUCUGCAACGAGGCAGCGGCAGAAGGAUCUAUUUUCCCUCGCUUCAGUUAACUUGACAGACGCCGACGACGAAUCCUCGUUGAGUAGCCUAUUGGAGGGGAUUGCUGGAUUUGCCAUUAUUGAAAUGGCGACGUUGCACCGAGCACCUCAGCUGCGGUCGACCGUUGAUGUGGAAGAACUGUGGGAUUCGAUGUGCCAAAUGAUGAUCCAGCUCACUACAAAGGCACUCGACGGCGUAACUGACCCCAAGGUCCUCCUCAAAACCAAAGGCUAUAUGGCCUUGUUCAUACAGACAAUGGAGGGAUGGGGCUAUUCAGUGUCAACGCUAGACAGCUUCCUCGUCAAACUAUUUGAGAAGUAUGCGGAGCUUCUCCAGCAGCGGAUUGCCACCACCGAUGAUUACAUGCCGAUGGAGAUACGCACUUUGGAUGAGUACGAGAAGGUAGUUGCUGUUUGUUGGUUCAUCUACGACGAAUCUAGCGAACUGAGGUUUCCUUGCGCCAUGCCCUUUUCCCGGAUGUACCCGCUCCUUUGCAUCGACAUACGGAACCUCAUCAACCAGUUCUACUUCUUCACAGAGGACUACUUCCCGCGGGCAAAAAUUAUUGACGAUGAAUUGCAAAAGGCGCUGGACAGGCUAUUGAAAGUGGCUUGUACCUCACUAAUUGCAAGACUGAGCUCCCAGUAUCUUAGCCAAGUUGUCCAGAUCCUAAUCAAUCUCGAGUUCUUUGAGAAGGCCUGUCAGGAACUGGAAAAGUUCUUGUCGUCCUCCUCAGCCCGUGGACCGGUAGCUCUAAGCGCAACCGAGCAGUUCAGGAACGAGACAAAGACUGCCGAGAAACGAGUGUUUGAGCUGAUUAAUUCCAAGAUCGACGAUCUUGUUGAUACGGCUGAAUAUGACUGGGCGGCAGUGAACACCUCACCGGAGCCAAGCAACUACAUCCAGAUGCUGAGGCGCUAUCUCUCUACCAUCAUGAGCUCAAUAUUACUUAGGCUGCCCCAGACUAACGUUUUCAAGGCACUACCUCUCUCCCCAGAGGUCCAGCGUAUCAAUGCAAAUGGAGUGGCUGCUCUUGCCCAAGAUGUGCAGUACCUUCGCGACUAUGUCGAUGGCCUUGAAAAUGGACCCAUGCUGAAAGAGAACCUGGAUGAGCUGCAACAGACAGUCGACUUGAUGCAGAGCGACAACCACGAGGAGUUCUUUGACUCGUCUACGCGAAAUAAGAAGUAUGGGCGGGUUGACGUUAUGAACGGACUCAUUUUGCUCGAGAAGUCCAAGCCGGACUGGCGCUAUGGCUAA